ACGCCGUGGCUGUGGCAGGUACGUGGAUUACCCCAUCUACGACGUGCUGCAGAUGGUCGGCCACGCCAACCGCCCGCUGCAGGACGACGAGGGCCGCUGCGUCAUCAUGUGCCAGGGCUCCAAGAAGGAUUUCUUCAAGAAGUUCCUGUACGAGCCGCUGCCGGUGGAGUCGCACCUGGACCACUGCAUGCACGACCACUUCAACGCCGAGAUCGUCACCAAGACCAUCGAGAACAAGCAGGACGCCGUGGAUUACCUGACCUGGACCUUCCUGUACCGCAGGAUGACCCAGAACCCCAACUACUACAACCUGCAAGGUGGGAAUGGGAGCUGCGGGGGGAUCUGGGGUGGUUAUGGUGGUGGCAGUCCUGUCCUGUCCCAUCCUGUCCCUGUUCUCAUGGAUCCA